AUCACCACUUAUACACUCUAUAGUGGGCAGUAAGAGAUUUGGGCCUACCACCAUGGAUGAGAAACUUCGAGUUGUGAUCGAAGACGAUGACUUGCCGAUGGGCGCCCCGAGGAUCCAGGAGUGCAUCCAACUGCUGAGGGACAAACACGGCUUCGAUGUUGUGACAUUCAAGCAGGUCUACCGAACCCCAGAUGUCGGGAAAACAGUGAUCGGAGCGAUUGUGUUAUACAGGGGCUCAGACAUACGCCCCAUUUACACUGGAAAGGACCUACAUUUGCUGCCUCAUCUGAAGUUCGUGGGGACCAUGGGUAUAGGUGUGGACCAUCUAGAUGUGAGGGCGCUGGCUGUAGCUGGGGUAGCUGUUGGGAAUACCCCGGUAGUCGUCGGGGAUGGACCCGCCGACCUUGCCUUUGCUCUCAUGCUGGCGUCAGCAAGGAAUUUUAAACAAGGUUUUGAGUUGAUGAAGAAGGACUUUGAUCCAGUGAAAGACCGAGAUAUCAGCCUCCAGUUCGGCGUGAACGUGGUGAACGCGACCAUCGGCAUCAUCGGCCUCGGCAACAUUGGGUUCAGGGUCGCCAAGCGGGCCAGGGGAUUUGAUAUGAAGAUACUCUAUAAUGAUCUCUACAGAAGAACCCCCGAAGACGAGGCAGCCAUGGGUGUGACAUUCGUGCCCAACCUCCACGACAUGUUAGGACAGGCCGAUUUCGUGGUCGUCUGCUGCCCGUGUACACCACAAACAGAGAAGCUGAUUGGUAAGAAGGAAUUCGACGCCAUGAAGUCCACAACAACAUUUGUCAACGUUGCAAGAGGAAAGAUCGUGGACACAGACGCCCUAGUGGACGCAAUCCGCCACAGCAAGAUCCGCGCCGCAGCAGUUGACGUCACUGACCCGGAACCGCUGCCAAGGGACCAUCCGUUACUUUACUUCCCCAAUGUCAUAGUACUCCCUCACAGAGGAGGAGCAACAUUCAAGACCAUGCAUGAUAUGCUGGACAUCCUCGCUGAUAGUAUAAAGAAGAUCAGUAGAGGCGAACCCAUCACUAACAGGGUGCCUUAAAUGCCUUCCCUAACGUGGUGCGUGGUUUCAACAUUUGAAAGCUCGGUGAACAUCUAAUUGCGAGAUAUUACCAUGGCCAUGGUUCAGCUUCAUCAGUCAUCGCCGAAUACUCUUAAACUAAAGUGAUCCUGUACCGGCUUUCUGGUUGUGACUUUCUCCUCAUAAGAUAGAUGGAAUAGACGUUCAGGGCCGAUUUGUUUUAAAGAUGAGCUUAAUACGGACUUUCUGUGUCGACUGUGAUGCAUGUCAGGAGGCGAGGUCCGAUUUCUUCAGAAAUGACUUUUGUUGAUGAGCCAGCUACGCUAAAUUCUGUCUGCAUUUGCACCGAUCGCCCAUUAUCUCCUUCCAAGAACCAGUCUCGAUAUGAAUUUAAACAGUUUUUGUAAAUCGCUGAUAAAAAUGAUCGAGAUAUUAAUUGCAAGCUCGUGCCGAUACAGGAGUAAUAAAUACAGAUUAUUAUCAUUAUUAUUAUUAUUAUCAGACGAUUGGUCGCAUCCAAACAUGACACCUUCCCUCCCCAUUUCCUCUGCAGUGUGAAAUUGGUACAUCAGUUGGCAGCACAGACGUUUGGCCAACUUAUCAACAAAAAGGCUUGCCUGGGGGACGAACGGGGGACUUCUCGCACCCUAAGCGAGAAUAGUACCACUAGACAACUGUUCCUUGGGAAAUCAAAUAACUUUUAUGCUAGAAUAAAAGUACAGGUUUUAGACAAUAUUAUCUGACA